AUGGAAUAUCGUGUCUAUGCAAAUGAUUUUAUUAAUGCAAUAUUGUAUGAUAUUAAAAAUGCCACCUAUAAGGUUUUAUAUCAAAGACAAAAAUCCUUUAAGCAUAUAAAACAUAAUGAAAUUAUUUUAAUGGAUAAUAUAAGAUCAUUUAAAUAUUUCUUCAGCAAUUUAUAUAAUGUGGGCAAUAUGAAUCUCUCAAUAACUUUAUUGUUUAUCUCUUCAUUGAAAAGCUUGGAUUACGAUACAAUUUAUUUAAUAUUUAAAGAUUUAUAUCAUAUGGAUAUAAUAAGAGUAGUAUUGGUGGUAGAAUUAUCGGAAGAUGACAUUGUCAUGUUAACUUAUUUUCCCUUUACGCCCAAUUCUUGUCGAAGUUUUGAACCUGUUAUUAUAAAUCAUUAUUUGGUUGAAGAACAACGUUGGGAAAAUACUGAUUAUUUUCCGCCUAAGCUGAAUAAUUUUUAUGGAUGUCGAGUUACUUGCUGCACUUGGGAAGAUAUGCCGUAUCUUAGUGUAAAGCCAAAUAAGAAAAAUAAUUAUGCUAUAGACUAUGUUGGCAUGGAAGCAGAACUAUUAAAAUUUGUUGCUGGACGAUUGAAUUUUUCAAUAGAAAUCAAUUGGAUUGAUCCAAUUAAGGAGGAUGUUACUAAUAAAGGAGCUAUUUUUGCUAAUAUGUUUGCCCGCACUUGUGAUUUUGCAUUGGGUGGCUUUAGCUAUAGAAAAGAUUUAGAUUCUACCUCAACAUUUUCACAAACUAAUUACUUUAUGCUUAGUCCCAUCUAUAUUGUUACCAACGUUAUCAAUUUCUAUACGACAUAUGAAAAACUCGCAUUUCCAUUUCAUUAUACCGUAUGGUUUGCGCUUGGUUUAAUUUUUGCUCUAAGCUCUUUACUCAUCUGUACUUGUGGACAACGACGACAAUGGUUACGUUAUCGAAAUUUUUUAAUUGGUUCCGCUAAUAAAACACCCCACUUCCAUUUGUAUGCGCUGGCAGUGGGUGCCACAAUGACAACGGCCCAAAUACCAAAACGUAAUUUUGCACGAUUUCUACUCACCUGCUGGCUAAUGGUAACUUUUAUAUUACGCAAUGCCUAUCAGUCGGGCAUUUAUCAAAUGUUGCGUGACAAUAAGCAGUGGAAUCCACCGCAAACGAUUGAAAAUGUAUUUGAGCAAAACUAUUUGAUUAGCACGACACCGGAAAAUCGUAGAUAUUUUGAUAUUCUGCCGGAUGUUAAGCGCAAGCAGCUUUUUAAUACCACAAUAUUGGAAACAUUUUCAGAAUUGUUAAAUGCUGAUAAACCGAUAGCCUUCAUCACUCCCUACGAGUACUAUGGCUAUUUUGGCAAAGUGAACGGUAGUCAGUGGCAACAUUUGCAUUUGGUUAAAGAACGUCUGUUAACACAGCAACUAACUAUUUAUGUACGUCAUCAUUCAUACUUUAUAAAUGUACUAAAUGACCAGAUUUCGGAUGCUCAAUACCACGGCUUUAUAACAUUGUGGAAUCGUCAAUAUAGUCUUUCAAUGACAACAGCAUUUAAACUUUCCUCUUACAUUCAAAUGAAUGGCCAUUUAAAUUCGGAUAAAAACCCACUGUCAAUGAAUGAAUUGGGUGCUAUUUUUAUGAUUUUAGUCUGGUUGCAUGUGCUUUCAACUGGAGUUUUUCUAAUCGAAUUAAUGUGGCAUCGUUAUGGUAAUGUUGUUAGAAAUUGGUUACAUUUAAAGUUUAAGUUGUAA